CAGGCCAAAGUUUUGUAUGAUUUUGUGGCGGAACCUGGAAAUAAUGAGCUGACUGUGAAAGAAGGAGAAAUCAUUUCAAUAACCAAUAAGGAUGUCGGCGGAGGAUGGAUUGAAGUAAAGAAUAAUCAUGGUGACAGAGGACUUGUACCAACAGACUAUGUAGAGAUAAUGUCUGAUGAAGCUGCUUCUAGCAAUACACCUGCAGAUUUGUCUUUCUUUGAUUCACUUUCUGCCAUCACUGCUCAGGCUGCCAGUAUCAACAAUGGUGAACAGGCCAAAAGCACAAGUGACCCUUGGUCAAGCUGGAAUGCACCUAAACCACCUACAUCCUCUGACAGUGCAAACGAUCCUUGGGGCACAAACCAGAAAAAUUCGACAUCAGACAACUGGGAUUCUGCGUUUGGACAUCCACAGGCUUACCAAGGCCCAGCUGUUGAUGAUGAUGAGUGGGAUGAUGACUGGGACGAUCCCAAAUCCUCUCCUCCUGGGUUCCUUGGCUACAAAGAUUCGGAGACCUCUGACCCUGGAGCAGCUCAACGGGGAACAGGAAGACCGACCUCCAUGAGGAUACCUCUUAACAAAUUUCCUGGCUUUGGAAAAUCAGGAGUUGAACAGUAUCUGUUAUCUAAACAGACAGCAAAACCCAAAGAGAAAAUCUCCAUUAUUAUUGGAGAUUAUGGGCCAAUGUGGGUCUACCCAACCGCAACAUUCGACUGCAUUGUGGCUGAUCCUAAGAAGGGAUCCAAAAUGUACGGCCUGAAGAGCUAUAUUGAAUACCAGCUAACAACAACAAACACAAAUCGUUCCGUUAACCACAGAUAUAAGCAUUUUGAUUGGCUAUACGAGCGUCUUCUAGUGAAGUUUGGACUAGCCAUUCCCAUUCCUUCUCUUCCAGAUAAACAAGUUACAGGUCGUUUUGAGGAAGAAUUUAUAAAGAUGCGUAUGGAGAGAUUACAAGCAUGGAUGUCUCGAAUGUGCCGCCAUCCUGUUAUAUCAGAGAGUGAUGUUUUCCAGCAAUUUCUUAAUUUUCGAGAUGAAAAGGAAUGGAAGACUGGCAAGAGGAAAGCAGAAAAGGAUGAACUGGUUGGCAGUAUGAUAUUUUCCACAAUGGAACCAGAAGCUCCUGAACUGGACAUGAUAGAAGUAGAACAGAAGUGUGAAGCAGUCAGCAGGUUCACCAGAGCCAUGGAUGAUGGUGUGAAGGAUUUGCUCAACGUGGGCCAGGAGCACUGGAAACGAUGCACAGGACCACUACCAAAGGAAUAUCAGAAGAUAGGAAAAGCUUUGCAGAAUUUGUCAAUGGUUUUCAGUUCCAGUGGCUAUCAAGGUGAAACGGAUUUAAACAGUGCUAUCACAGAAGCAGGGAAAACAUAUGAAGCAAUAGCCACCUUGGUGGAAGAGCAGCCAAAGAAAGAUCUCCAUUACCUGAUGGAAACCAAUCACGAGUACAAAGGCUUUCUGAGCUGCUUUCCAGACAUUAUUUCUGCUCACAAGGCAGCCAUUGACAAGAUAAAGGAAAGUGAUAAAUUGGUGGCUACUAGUAAAAUAACACAACAGGACAAGACAAACAUGGUGAAGCGAGUAAGCACAAUGUCGUAUGCACUUCAAGCUGAAAUGAAUCAUUUCCACUCCAAUCGAAUUUACGAUUACAACAGUGUCGUUCGCCUGUACCUGGAGCAGCAAGUACAGUUUUAUGAAACCAUUGCUGAAAAACUGAAGCAGGCACUAAGCCGUUUCCCCGUCAUGUAA